GACCCAUCGGAAGUUGAAAUCGCUGGUAGUCAAAGCGGAAUGGACACCGACUUGACUUUCUCCUCUCGUCGGUCUCCUGUGGUGUGCUUACACGGUUGCGUAGCCUCCAGCCAGCCGCUAGCUUCAAGUGUAGGACUGGAUGUCCUGAAGCGUGGAGGUAAUGCUGCAGAUGCUGCGGUUGCCAUAGCAGCGGCGUUGGCCGUAACAGAGCCAUUCAGCACCGGUCCUGGUGGAGAUGCCUUCUGCUUGUUCUACAACGGAAACACGGGAGAGAUCAGAGGAAUUAACGGCAGUGGUCGCUCGCCCAGAGCUCUGAACCUGGAGCUCCUGGAAGGCCGUGGUUACACUGCCGAGGCCCCUCCUUCACCUUAUGAUGCCUUGAAUGUCACAGUACCAGGGGCUCCUGCAUGUUGGUGUGACACCGUGCAGCUGUUUGGUAGCCACAAGCUGUCCUUUCAGGAGGUGCUGAGUGGGGCGGUAGAGCUUGCAGAGGUGGGGUUUCCUGUUGCCGAGGUAACAGCUCACCACUGGGCGAACGGGGUGGCUGCUCUGGGAGGUGCUGGGAAGGAACUAGGUGGGGACCUGCUGAUUGACAAUCGUGCACCCAAAUGUGGACAAGUAUUCAAAAACCCUUCCCUGGCCCGGACCCUGAAGGAGCUGGGCGAAUGGGGAAAAUCAGCUUUCUACCAGGGUAGAGUGGCCCAAGCCAUUGUUGAUGUCAUCAGCCAACAUGGAGGCGUCAUGACCCUGGAUGACCUCAGCAGCCAUGACAGUGAGGUCAUCACCCCCGUAAGCACAGAAUACAAGGGCGUGCGUCUGUGGGAGCCCCCUCCUAACAGUCAGGGACUAGCUGCCCUACUGCUGCUCAACAUCCUCGAGAAUUUCCGACUUAAAGCUGUGGGCCAUAACAGCUCUGACUACAUCCAUGUUUUGGUGGAGGCUGUGCGUCUGGCACUAACAGACGCUCUGCAUUACCUGGGUGAUCCAGACCACGGGACCCUCCCUCUGCAAACCUUACUGGACAAGAGCUACAGCCAUCAGCGAGCUCAGCACAUCAACAUGGAAAGGGUCAUGGAAGGAGUGGAGCCUGGCCUAAUGACAGGAAGUGACACGGUCUAUCUCUGUGUGAUUGAUGGUCAGGGGAACGCCUGUUCAUUUGUUAACAGCAUUUAUAUGGCCUUUGGGAGUGGGCUGGUCCCAAAGGAUUGUGGAUUCUCACUACAGAAUCGCGGUGCCAACUUUUCUCUGCGCCGUAACCAUUUUAACUGUGUUGCUGGGGGGAAGCGGUCAUACCACACCAUAAUAUCUGCACUCCUCACUGCCUCUGCAACUAAAUCACAAAAGCCAAAACUUCUCGCUGCACUCGGGGUCAUGGGGGCUUUUAUGCAACCACAAGGACAUAUCCAGGUGUUGUUGAACAUGUUAGAGUUCGGGAUGAAUCCUCAAGAAGCUCUGGACGCACCGAGAGUCUACGUACAGUAUGACCAGAAAACUGACGAGUGGGUGGUUAAUCUGGAGGAGGGGGUCGACCAGGAGGUAGCCGAGGAACUGAAGAGACGGGGCCACAAAGUCAACUGGCCAGUCACAGGCCACAAGAGGUCUCAGUUUGGACGGGGACAGAUCAUCACAGUGGGGGACUGGUGGAACCCAUCUGCCAAUCAAGCUGUUCAUUCAACCAGGGUGCUAUGGGCAGGAUCAGACCCCAGAGCUGAUGGAUGUGCUCUGGGAUACUAGACAUACUUGACCUCCUUUCAUCUCCUUUGUAGGUGUAGGAAUCAGAUAAAGUGGUCCCAGAGCUUUCUGAAGGCAAAUUCGUUCCUAAAUAAUUAUUAUUCAUUAUUCAGCUGAUUGAUUUUAUUACCACAUGUAACUGGACAGCUAUAUUGCACCUUCAUGAAGUGCCUUCUUGUAUCAAAUCUUUGGGUAACAUUAUAUUUCAUACCUAAGAUGCUUGUCCUGAUGUCUGUCUGUCUUUUGGUUGAGAUAAUUAUCAGGUUCAGUCUCUUUAAUUAGUUGCUGCUGAUCUGGUGUUUGCUAGAAAUGGCAGCAGUAUCAUUUCAUAUAUAACCCUUUUCCCUCAGUAAAUGAUAGUUGCAUCUUUAUUCUAGCCAAUAUUUUAUAAAGAAAUUGAGUUUAGAUUAUGUCAUAAUGUAAAUUAAGUCACUCGAUGUCAUAUCUCCAGUCAAAUGCCUUUUUGCAUCAUUUCAAAGAAGUACAUUUGUUUCUGCUGAUUUAACAGUCUGUAUUUCAAAUGAUCUGUGGUGCUAAAUGAAAUAUUCUGGAUCUGUUCAUAAUAUUUUUAAAUGUUUACAAAUAAUAAACAAUUUUUUAAUUAUUUUUGAGCAACA